AGCUCGGCAGUCCCGUCUCCCGACCCAGGCCAUUGGUCAGCUGCACCAGCACCUUUUUGAUUGGUGACCGCAGGCCAAGCCUCACUGCCUAUCAAAAUUGGCGGGAAAACGGCAGUGCGCAGAAUGGCUUCUGCUACUGAUUCCUCCACUAGCGGCGGCUCAGCGGCUGUGCGGGUCCCGCGGUCGCCGCCGCUCAAGGUGCUGGCGGAGCAGCUGCGACGCGACGUGGAGGGCGCCCCAGGUGCAUGGCGGCUGUCGCGGGCGGCGGCAGGCCGCGCGCCGCUGGAGCUGGCGGCCGUGUGGAUGCAGGGCACCAUGGUGGAGGUGGGCCGCUGCGAGGCACGGCUGCGGGACCCGAGCGGGGCCUUCUCUGUGUGCGGCCUGGAGCGGGUGCCGCGAGGGCGGCCUUGUCUGGUCCCAGGUAACUCCCGGCCUCUUCCCGCUCCCGAAGGCGGGCUCGGGCUCGGGCUCGGACCCGGCCAAGGGGCUAAGGGAAAGUAUGUGAUGGUGAUGGGAGUGGUGCAGGCCUGUAGCCCCGAGCCGUGCCUUCAAGCUGUGAAGAUGACAGAUCUUUCCGAUAAUCCCCUCCACGAAAGCAUGUGGGAACUGGAAGUGGAGGAUUUACACAGGAACAUUCCUUAGGUGACACUGGAACUGGCAUUACAAACAACCUUUCCCCCGUAAUGAUCUCAGUUCUGACUGUGUGGAUUCAUGGACAUCACUCAUGUAUAUUUUAUCGACAUUGUGUAUUUCUCAAAAGAGCCACAGAGAGAACUGCUUUGGUUGACGCAGGCGUCUGGAUGCAGGGAUUUUUAAGGGUUAGGAGGCUGCAGUUAACUCGGCCUCCACUGUCCCUUGCUUUGACUGUGUUUGCUGAUGAAAAGCAGAUGCUGGGAUUAUAAACGUACACCACCAUGCCGGGCACAUUCAGCUGUCUUUGUGCUUCAGAUCCCACCCAGAUAUUGAGGAACCAUUUUGGUUAGCUAGCUUCCUUCACAGGGCGGGGGGCAGUUUUAGAUGUUGUCAGAAUUUCUCUUUGAAAUUAAAAAACCGAGAAUGAGAACAACUUUCAUUACUUUACCUAAACUUCUGUUUCAUAGCUGUCAAGACACAGCAAGGAAGCAAUCUCCUGGUUUAGAGUUCUUACAUCUUUUUGUACGGAAUGAAUUGUGUUAUGAUUGUAUUGAAUGUUGGAUUUCUGUUCCCUACUUCUUUAUUACACAUGCUGGAUUUAUCUUUAGAGUAUAAAUACCAAGGAAGUCAUACUGUAUUCCAACAUUGCAGUAGAGUUUUGCCUGAAUUAUUGAUACUGUACCACUAAUAAAUUUUUAUGUGCUGUGUUUUUUAAAAAUAAACUUUAUUUUUAAAAGCAGUUUUGGGUUUGCAGAAAAAUCAAGCAGAAAGUAUAUAUAUGUUUCCAUAUGCCCCACACUCUCCUCCCCAGCUUCUAUUAUUAACAUCUGUUAGUGUGACACAUUUGUUACUAUUGAUGGGCAUUUGAUUACAUUGUUACAUUGAUAUAUUCUUAUCAGCCAGCUUUUACACUAGGAUUCUUGCUGUGUGCUACAUUCUGUGGGUUUUACAAAUGCAUAAUGACAUGGAUCAAUCUCAUAAAGAUCUUCCAUGUUCCCUCCUUUCAUCAACCUCCCAACCACUGAUCUAUUUCCUGUUUUGCCUUUUGCAGAGUAUCAUAUAGUUGGUUCAUACAGUAUGUAGAUUUUAUAGCCUGGCUGCUUUCACUUAAAGUGCAUUCAAAGUUUCUCCAUGUCUUUUUGCAGCAUUUCUUUUUGUCACCAAAGGUGAUGCUCCAUUAUAUGCACGUAGUUUGUUCAUCCAGUCUACCUGUUGAAGGACAUCUUGUUUGAUCCCAGUCUUUGAGAAUCAUGAAGGGAGCUGUGGUGCAGUUUUGUGUGGACAGAAAGUUUUCUCCUCAUCGAGGUAAGUGGCUAGGAGUACCACUGCUGGUUCAUGGGGUGAGUCUGCAGUUAGGCCUUCUGCGAAAGUGCCAGUCUCUCCCAAAGCGGCUGUAUUGUGCAUUGUCACCAGCAGUGUGUGAGACAUCCUCACCAGCAUUAGUGUUAAUGAUUCAGAUUAUCUAUGUUUUUAAAACUAUCAGUGUUUUCUUUUAAAGGUAGGGCAAAUUGGAAAGUGUGCUUUGUUUUUAUUACUGAUCUGGGCUUGUUGACUGGUGGAAGCUUGUUUUGAGCUGGUUUAUGUCACAGAGUGGAGUUUUUCAAGCAAUAUUGCUGCACAUUAAUGCAAGCUUUGGAGCCCUGUAGACCUGAAGUUGAGCCCUUCAUCUGUUGCUAAAUUUGCUGUGUGGUUAUGAGCAAGUUAUCUAACCUCUCUGUUCUUCUCUUCCUUAUCUAUAAAAUAUGUCACACCUAGCUCAUGGCACUAGUGUGAGAAAUAAGGAUGUAUAUAAAUUAGUUUUACAUAGUGCAUGGUAUAUGCUAGGCACAAAACUAUUGUUGCUGGAAAGCAGUAAAUUCUUGCUUACAUCCAUCAUUGCCUUUGUGUGUGUGUGCGUACGCAUGUAUUUUUAAAUAUUUAGAUUCACAGAAAACUUGUAGAGUUAGUACAGAUUUCCCAUAUUCUUGCACCUACUUUCCCCAGCCAUUAACAUCUUCCAUUAGUAUGGUGUAUGGCACAUUUGUUACAAUGAAUGGGGGAAUAUGAAGACCUUAUUAACUCCAAUCAGUAGUUUAUUCAGAUUUGUUUUUUUUUUUUCUAAUGUCCUUUUCUGUUUCAGGGUUCCAUCCAGGACAUGCGUUCUGUUCAGUUGUCCUGUCUUCCCGGGCUCUCUUGAUUGCACUGAAAUGUAUCGUUUCGGGGGGGGGGGGGAUGGACACCAGGGCCUCACACAAGCCAGACAAGCGCUCUGACACUGAGCCAAACCCUCAGCCCAAAAUGAAUUUGGAUGCGGGUCACUGGAUCUCUGUUAAAGGAUUCUUACGGCCAAACUUUGUCGUGAAACCAUUUUUGUUCCCCCAGCCCUGGGGCUGGGUGUGCUGGACAUACCCCGGUUGGGGUCCGCCUCAUCUGAAACUCACUUUUCUUUUUGCUGGAAAGCUGCCCCAGGCUGCCAAGAACAUGCUGACCAGACCCUGCCUAACAUGUCCUCCCCUGACUUCUGGCAAAUAACACUGGACUGCAAAUGGCUGGCUGGGUCGCCAUUGUUGCCAGGCAGUCAGUACAUCAGGAGUAUGCGGGCUGGGCAAAGGAGGGUGCUGUGUGCCUUAUCCGAGAGCCCCCCCAAUGGCCGCUGCCCCUGCCCUGGAACUACGCCACCUCAGCUUGUGGUUUCUUUCUCCAAACAUUAGAACUCUCACUCUUUCAUCUCGUGCUUCUUCCUUGACAUCACCAACUGAAAAUAGAUCCAAAGGCUCUAGGUUGCUGGUGCCAAACAGAGUCAUCACGGUGCUGGCAGACAGCAAAUGACUGGUGACCAGCUCAGGGUCUGGGGCAGUGCAGCUUCCCUUUUGAAAUUAGCUCUUUUCUAAGAACUGAAAAUAAGCAACCGAGCCUGUGACUUCACUUUUCUUGGAACUGCUUUACAUUACAAAAAAAAAAACCCCAAAACCCUCAUUUAGCUGGUUUUGGAUUGCCUGAGUUCCCUAAUUCUUCCCUUUGCAUGUUCUUGUAAAGCUGAAGAUUUACUGCAAAAUUCUUCAGCCUCGGGUGAAGCAGGGGAGACACUGAGUACAUGAAAUCAUUGUUUCAUCUCGUGGCUUGUGUGCAAUUUCAUGAGAAAGGACAAAAAUACCGUGGAAGAGACACCGUGCAGAACCAUGCUCAGAUUCCAAGGGUCACAGCCCUGAGAUGUCGGGCCACCAAAUGGGUUAGGGCUGGGGCUGUUGUGCCUCAGCCAUUGUUGCCAUCGUUAGGGCCCACAGUUACUGAGAAGCAUGUUGCAAAUGGAAGGGGGGGGAGCAGGGGAUG